AUGGCGACAUCAUUAGCAUCAACAAGUAGAAGAAAAGCCCAAGUUCCAGUGCCAUGCUAUUUCUGUAAAGGACAAGAAAUUAAAUGGGAAUGCAAAGACUGCGAUGUCCGCAUGUGUAACUCCUGUAAAGUCACUUUUCACAAAGGACUUCAUUCUGUACAAGAUCAUGACGUUGUUUCCAUUCAGGAAAUGAGCAGAUUAUCACUUGGUUCCCAGGAGGUAACUUUUGCAAUUAUUUUGUCAAUUUUCAAUUCAUUCACAACUUCUUUGCCAGCUGUUCAUACUUUACUUAGGUCGGGUGACGAUUUGCUUUACUUUAGCUCAAACAUUAAGAAUUGUAAAGACAAUCAAUUAGUUAAAGGGAAACUUUUAAAACCAUCAAUGCUAAUUUUGCAGACGUUAAAGAGAAAAAUGUGUGACAUUGCAAUAAACAAAGGCGGUGAUAUACUUUUUAUUGAACAUCAUGACAACAAAAUUCAAAUGUUAUCAUCUGUAGGUGAAGUAAAAACUGUUUUAGAUACUUCUCCGAUGAUAUCUGUGGCCAUACAUGUAAACAAGGAAAAUGAAGUAGUGGUUGGAAUUCGAGAACAAGGACCACCGUUUCCAGUCAAGAAUUUUUCAGUCAGACAAGUUAUAAUUUUUGAUAGUGAUUAUACACGUAAAGUAACAUUAGAAUUCGACAAAAAGGGGAAGAAAUUGUUCAGUUAUGCAUUGCGAAUUCGCACUGAUUCUAGAAAUUUUGUCUAUGUCAUUGAUCGACUAGACAAUGACAACAAAGGUAGAAUAGUAGCUGUCCAUAGAAAUGGUCGCUUGAAGUUUACAUUUGACGGGCAACCGUAUUCAGAAACAUUUAAACCACAAGGAAUUACUAUUACGCCAAGUAAUAACAUUGUAGUUUCUGACUCAGGUAGCAAUGCACUACAUGUUUUAAACUCGAAUGGAGAUUUACUUGCUCUGCAGAUACUUAAGAAGGAUUUUGGAAUCCAAUAUCCACUCAGUUUAUGCUUUGACGCUGAAGGAUAUUUACUAAUUGGAUGUCACAAAGGAGAAAAUGAAGACUACGGAAAAAUUCAUGCCGUUAAAAUGGUAGACAGUCUUAUUAAAUAUGAAUAA